GCCUAUCGCCACCUUGCAUAUAUAUGGCCAUGAUCUCGAUUUCUCCGCCGUGCCGUUAGUCAUGCCCUCUUCACCCCAAUUCGGAGUCAUAGAUACGCUGCCGCAUUCCCCAGCACUCCCUGCCCCGCCCACCCCUCACCUUCUUCCGCACGACCACUCGCGACAGCUUCCAGGAUGGCAGAGAAGCGUCAGAAAGCAGUUGAUCUCUCGCACCACCUGUCUGACGUGUCGCGGGCCAGGGCGACGUCCCCGUUGAAGGGCAUGGCGAAAUACCAAGGUCGGCCUGGCCUGAUAAGCCUCGCUGGAGGCCUGCCAAGCGAGGCAUACUUUCCAUUCAGUGGUAUUAGCGGUGACGCGCUCGUCGCGGACUCGUUCUCCUUGAAGCCGACAGAACAAGAGUCCUCCAUUUCUUGGUUCUGGAAGCUGUUCAGCCGGUCCAACAAGGAGAAGACCAACCCGAUCACCAUCCCGAAGUAUGCUGAGCAUCCGGCAGAGGAUGUGAACCUGGCUGUCGCGCUACAGUAUGGAAUGGCCACAGGUCUUCCACAGCUCCAGAAGUUUAUCAAGGAGUUCGUAGAGAAGAUCUAUCAGCCCGCAUAUGACGACUGUACCAUCAUGAUGCAUACGGGUAACACUGACGGAUGGUCGCGAUGUAUGCAAACUCUCAUGAACCCGGGCGAGUACCUCUUGACGGAGGAGUGGACGUACCCUUCUGCCGUGGCAUCGAGCAAGCCGUAUGGCAUCAAUGCUAUCCCCGUCGCCAUGGACAAGGACGGGAUGAGCCCUGUUGCUCUGCGCAAGGUUCUUGCUGAGUGGGAUACGACCACCCAGGGCAAGCGCCCUCAUGUCAUUUACACGGUUCCCGUUGGCCAAAACCCUGUAGGUUCGACCAUGGGUGCUGCGCGCAAGAAAGAGAUCUACGAUGUCUGCGUCGAAUACGACCUCGUCAUUGUAGAGGACGACCCCUAUUUCUUUUUGCAGCAAGGGGAAUACGUCCCCAAGGCAAGCCGUGCCGAGUCUGCAGAUACCACGUCCGAGGACGCUUGGCUCGCUGGACUCGCACCGAGUUUCCUGAAGUUUGACUAUCAGGGACGAGUGAUCCGUUUGGACACCUUCUCGAAGUACAUUGCCCCAGGUUCGCGGCUCGGUUGGCAUACGUGCAAUCCGAUGUUUGCGGAGAGGCUUGAGAGGCAGGGUGAGACAUCUGCCCAAGCACCGUGUGGCUUCGGUCAGUCGCUGGUAACCCAGCUCUUGUACCACUGGAAGAUGGAGGGCUACACCCGCUGGCUGCACGGUUUGGCCUCUCAGUAUAAGAUCCGCCGCGACUGGUUCAUAGACUGCCUCGCGGAGGAGCUUCACCUUGAGGCGACCACCUCAAACGCGGUCAGCUUCUGGAAGGACUGCGUCGUGUACGAUGCGUACGCGAAGCGCAGCAACGGGUGGAUGAUGUCGGAGAAAGACUCGGUAGGCACUAAGAUGCUGAGCUUCGUCCCUCCGACCUCCGGGAUGUUCGUGUGGAUCAAGGUCCACUUCGACAACCUUCCUGCGUAUAGGAGGGGUCGAGAAGGCGAGGAGAGCCCAGAGAUCCAGCUGUGGACCAAGUUUGCGGAUGCAGGCGUUCUCAUCGCCCCCGGAUGGUUCUUCGCCGCGGACGUCGAGAACCCGCCUACGGACGAGAUGGAGGGUCACUUCCGUGUCAGCUUCAGCAACGCAGACUUUGCAGCACUGAAGAAGGCCGCCCAGAUCAUCGCCAGGGAGACAGAUAAGUUCUUCAAGGCGUAGAGUGGUUGGCGAGCUGUGGAUCGCUAUGUUGA